GUUGCGUCGAUUUGAUCUUCGUCUUCCUGAUCGAUGGAUUCACCUUGAUCAAUCGUUAAUCGAGCUUCGAAGAUGUCGAAUCACUCCAUAGAUGAACCCAGUACCGCCCCGAAGACAGAUCAAUGGUAUGAUCUUGUCCUUGGUUCCUCUGCCAAAGAUGAUUCCUCCCAUAAAUUCUGCACUUUGCGAUAUGAAUUCAAGCCGGCUUCAAUAGACAAGAACAGGUCAGGAACACUGCACAAGAAGAAGGAUAACAGAGUUUCUGCUGAGUUUCAGAAUAACCAACCUGGUAAACCCAAGGUGACAUUUGAAGGUAGUAGCGAGGAUUACAAAGAAAACGAUGCGGUGUUGUUUUUCGAUGGGGAGAAGUUUCGUUUGGAGAGGUUGCAUCGAGCUGUGAAGCAGCUGCGACAUCUUAGGACACCCGGUGAAUCUGCUGCGGCUUCUUCUCAGGCUGCGGUGCCUGUGGAGCAUCGGUUAUCUCCUGUUGGUCGUGCUGCCAAAUCUCCACAAGUAAAUAGAAGUUUGCUUCCAGAUAUGCCUGUUGAGGUGGAAAGAAUCGAAAUUGGGAAGCCAGAGAACUCAGCUGAACCUGCCAUCGCUGGAAACGUAUCUGCUGCCUCACCGAUUGAUGACAAGAACGAUGAUGGAGAUGAACAUCACGAGAUUGAUCUGGUUGAAAUAUUUGGCUCAUUUACACCAGAGAACGACAAUGCAGAGAAAGAGAAUGCCGAUGGAGGAGAGUACGUUGAAAGCUUAAACAAACAGCUUAGCAUCACGGAAGAAGAGAUUGCAGAUGUAGAUGACGAUAGCGGCGGUGAAGGAGAAAAAGGUCUAAACGCAGCAGAAGCACUUAGAGCACAAGUUAACGCAGAGGUGCAAAAGAGUCAAACCUCAAGCUCAAGCAGUAGCAGUGGAAGCAGCAGCGGAAGUGACAGUGAUGGUCGUAGCAAAAGCGUAAGCAGCGGAAGUGGUAGCGGCGGCCAAAGCAGCAGCGGAAGCAGUAGCCGUGGAAGUGGAGGAAGUGACGAUGAAGAUGAAGUCAACUCCGUAUAACAAACAGCUCCAACAACUUUGUAUCAAACAAUAUUUCCAUAUUUGAGACACUCUGUCUGAAUAAUUGGUUGAAGAAUCCAAAAGGGUAACAAUUCUGUUUUACUACUAAAGAAGUAGCAAAUAUAAAUGAUAUAAGGUCUA